UCAAUGCCACCAUGAGACUUAAUCGUAGCGCUUACAUAUCGGAGGUACGCGACGAAAUCAACAGUGUACGUUCAACUACCAACAGUGAUGUACGUCGCUCGUCGUUCGUAAAUAUCGAUCUAAAAAUCACGGCUAACUGGUGAUGUCCAUCGAUGCGUUGUGACUCGCUUUUCCAAGAAUUUAUUCGAAUUCCUCGCGCGAAACUGUUCUCCACAGUUCCUUCGCCAUUGUGCAACUUCUUCCAAUAUGCUGUUUGCGCGUAAAACUUAUUGGAGUGUCUCGUAAAAAAUUUUCAUAAUUCAUAUGACUCGUAUGAUUGACGGGCAGAUACUAAAUAGCGAUCACAAUGACUGCGGAAAAUGAUAAAGAAACGAAAAAGAAGCUGAAGUAUCCCAAGUCGAUAUUCUUCAUCAUUAGCAAUGAAUUCUGCGAGAGGUUCUCUUUCUAUGGGAUGCGCACUGUACUGACGCUUUAUCUAAAAAACCAACUAAAGUACACUGAUGAUACGUCUACUGUCAUAUAUCAUGUGUUCACGAUGUUGCUGUACUUCUUCCCUAUAUUUGGGGCGAUGUUAGCCGAUUCUUUAUUGGGAAAAUUCCACACUAUCUUCUACCUAAGCAUUAUUUAUGCUGCAGGACAACUUUUGUUAUCUUUAAGCGCGGUGCCCCCAUUGGGAAUACCUGAUAGAGAAUUUUCACUAUUCGGUCUAGUCCUUAUAGCCAUUGGCACAGGUGGUAUAAAACCUUGCGUGGCCGCAUUCGGUGGUGACCAAUUCAUACUGCCGCAACAGGAACGAUACUUGUCCACAUUCUUCUCCCUAUUUUACUUUUCCAUCAACUCCGGAUCCUUGAUCUCCACCUUCCUCACACCCGUGCUUCGUAGCAGUGUUUCAUGCUUCGGCGACAGUACCUGUUACUCUCUGGCAUUUUUGGUACCAGCUAUCCUUAUGACACUGUCUAUCGUGAUAUUCGUCCUUGGGAAGCCAUUGUACAAAAUAGUCAAACCGACAGGUAAUGUCGUUUUGAAUGUUUCUAGGUGCAUUUCCCACGCCAUCUACAGAAAAGUCACGUCGAAGGGCGAGAAGAGGAAGUAUUGGCUCGACUAUGCGGAUGACAAGUACGACAGAUUACUGAUAAACGACAUUAAAUCGGCCCUGCAGGUGAUGGUAUUAUUCAUACCGAUACCGAUAUUUUGGGCGCUAUUCGAUCAACAAGGCUCUCGAUGGACGUUCCAAGCAACCAGGAUGAACGGAGAAAUCGGCAAUUUCUUGAUUGAACCAGAUCAGAUGCAAGUGUUCAAUCCUCUUUUGGUCCUCAUUUUCAUACCCCUGUUCGAAAGUUGGCUUUAUCCGCUUAUGGGAAAGAUUGGGUUACGAACACCGCUAAGAAUACUUUCUGUCGGCGGUUUCUUAGCUUCUUUGUCAUUUGUCGCAGCGGCGGUGGUUGAAUUGGAUCUCGAGAAAACGUAUCCGAUUCUGCCGUCGAAAGAUCUCGCGCAGCUGCGUGUUUUCAAUACUCUGGAUUGUAACGUGAGAGUGACAGUGCACGAUCCUGAAUUAUCUAUAGCUCUUAAAAGUAUGGAUAUGUGGGAAGACAGGUAUAUCGAAGCGAAAGGCGAAAGAAAAUUGAGUUACGAAGCGGACUUUUCUGUUUGCGAUCAAGCCGGUAUCACAGCACUGAAUAAAACUCGAGGGGAGAUGCUCGUGUUAGAAAAACAGGCGACUUCUUGGGCUAUAACGCAGAACGGUUUAUCUCACGUUUAUAAUGAUUCGAUAGACAAAUCGUCGAAUGGCAAUCCUCUAAUACGUGGACUUAUUUAUGUCGAACCGUCGCAACCCGAUGUUGAUCUAGAAUUAAUACAGAAAGAUGCCGUCGUCAAGACAUUAAAGAUAAAUAGUUCUCUUUUCCACGAAACUGAACUAAUUGAAGUCGCACAUGGGGUGUACGACAUACGUUUGAAUGAGUUUGUAAAAAAAGAGGUACCUCUCAAACUUGGUGGAGUUUAUACCGUUGUCGGAUCUGUUACUGAAAAAGGAUCGAAGGUUGACCUUAUAACUGUAACCGAACCAAACACGAUGCACAUGUUAUGGUUGAUUCCUCAAUAUGUUAUUAUCACAAUGGGUGAAGUCAUGUUCUCGGUGACUGGCCUAGAAUUUGCAUUCACGCAAGCACCUAUCAGUAUGAAAUCUCUUUUACAAGCUUGUUGGCUGUUAACAACAGCCAUUGGUAAUCUCAUUGUGGUCAUUGUGGCGGAAAUCUCGAUUUUUGAUCGUCAGAUUUUUGAAUUCGUUUUGUUUGCGGUACUGAUGUUCGUCGAUAUAAUUAUAUUCUCUAUAAUAGCGAAAUUUUAUAAAUACGUAGACAAUCCUGAAGAUGAAGAGAUCAUUGACAUGAGCGAAAAAUUCGGAACAGUUAACACAUCUUAUCACGACGAUGAGAAGUGACUGUAUAUAGUUUAUGACUGCUGCGUCCGAAAUAUAUACGUAACGUAUGUAUUUGAGUACGGCAUUUUAAUACCUUAAACAUUCUUUUAUUUUUUAAUCAUUCUGAACAAAGUGAACAAUUUUUAAUAUUGAUUUCUAUCUUGCUUCGAAAAUGGAAAACAUUCUCUAAAGUUGAAAUUCAUCUAUGAUAUAAAUUUCACGUGAAAUAAAAAGUUCUAAUACUUUUAAGUGCCAAAUGAUAGGCGAUUAUGAUUCUUGUAUUCGUAAACUCGAAUAAAAUGAAACAUUAUAUGACCUGGAAGAUAACAAUGUCUUAUCAAGUGCAAUUAACAGAAUGCUUACGUCGUCAAUAAAAUAUAUUUAUUAUCGCAGAAUUUCAAAUUCCGAUAUAAAGCGUAACAAUGUACGUGUAAAUAUCCAUGCCAUAUUUUAUGGUCAUGACACAUGAUACUUGUAAAUAGACAUAUCAAUAGCAAUAAACGUACGUAUUUUUGUAAAGUUUUAAUUAUUGUUUGAAUAAAAAUUUAUUUACUAUUCUA